ACGAGCGCGUGUGGUUGUGAAGGUCCAAAGCUGUGGUCAUCGAGGCAACGCUUCUUCGUGCUCUGGGUCAAAACUGUCGUGAUCUUGGCAGCAGGGACUGUCACAUUCUUUUGAAAGCCUUUUUAAGAAGAAACGUCCUUCUGGCUGCCCAUUCUUCUUCCCUUCACCCUUUUUGUUUCGUGCUUCGCUUAUUCCUGUCAUUUUCACAACUCCAGCAUCACCUUUUGCUUGACAUAAUCUGUAGUACAGCAGGAGAUUUGCAGAAUAAUUUGAUAUUCCUUCUAAGCACAAGACAAGUUCUUAACCUUCAUGUAUCAUUUUUUUCUCCUGCUUUCUGUAGGUAACAUCAGUUAACAUCAUUGCACUCAACAUGUGUUCAGCAGACCCAGAACCUGAGAGUCAGCAGUUUAAAGAGCCAUAUGAAAAGUUCAUAUAUCAGCAUCUCCAGUACUACGGUUACUUCAGAGAUGAGGAAAAUUUUCCUCACAAGCUUAGUUUUCCUCUUGAAAGCUGGGAGAGCUCAUGCCACGUAUUGACAUCAGGCAACUUCUACAAAAGAGAUAGAGAAGAACAUGAUUCAGACAAGAACCUACUCUGUUCACUAGUGAUGGAAACCACACUUCUGAAAAGUAAACAGCAUAUGCUUGACCAACUAGAAAGCCCUGGUACCUUGCACUUACGGGAACCUCGGAAUCUUUUUUCUCUUCCUAGAAACAGAAAUUCAAAAUUGACCCCACUCUGGCCAACAGAGUGUGAAGUAAUUGAGGAUCGUAUCUAUCACAUUGAAUGGGUUCCCCCUGAACCUGAACCUUUUUAUCAGCCAACUGGAAAUGAAUUUGCACCAGAAGUAGUUGGAGAGAAUUCUGGAACUGUUGUCUAUUUCAUAGAACCAGCAACUACAGGUACCUGUUUUACCGGUUCACGAGUUGGAGGAGCAAGGGAACCUGUCACGUCAGCUGCAGUCAGCUUAAAAGAUCCAGAAGAUACUGUACUGUUAUUUGAAUCACGCUUUGAAAGUGGGAAUCUCCAGAAAGCAAUCAGGGUGUGAGUAAGAAGAGUUGG